AUGGAGAACGAGAAGUGGGCCCCCACCCCCCGCCCGGCUCCUCAACACAAACUUUCCGUCCCGCUCGCUCCCUCCUCCGCGCCCAGCACCUCCCGCUCCGGCCGGGCUCAUUCCGUACAUUCCGGCCAUCCCCCUGCCCACGACCCCCCUUCCCGGCCCCCCUCACUACUCCCUUGGGCCCAGCGGAGCGGCCCGGCGGAGCGCCCCCCGGAGCUCGGAGCAGGCACAGGCUAUCCAGGGGGCUCAGGCCCAGAGCCCAGAGCAACCAGCACAAUAGCGGCCAACAGCUGGACCAACAACAGCAGUCCCGGGGAGGCCCGGGAAGAUGGGUCCGAAGGCCUGGACAAGGGGUUGGACAACGAUGCCGAGGGAGUGUGGAGCCCGGACAUCGAACAGAGCUUCCAGGAGGCCCUGGCCAUCUACCCGCCCUGCGGCCGGCGCAAGAUCAUCCUGUCAGAUGAGGGAAAGAUGUACGGUCGAAAUGAGCUGAUUGCCCGCUACAUCAAGUUGAGGACUGGAAAGACCAGGACGAGAAAGCAGGUGUCCAGCCACAUACAGGUUCUAGCUCGGAAGAAGGUUCGGGAAUACCAGGUUGGCAUCAAGGCCAUGAACCUGGACCAGGUCUCCAAGGACAAAGCUCUCCAGAGCAUGGCGUCCAUGUCAUCUGCACAGAUCGUCUCCGCCAGCGUCCUGCAGAACAAGUUCAGCCCACCCUCCCCUCUGCCCCAGGCUGUCUUCCCCACCUCCUCAAGGUUCUGGGGCAGCCCCUCUCUGCUAGGACAACAGCCUGGACCUUCUCAGGACAUCAAGCCCUUUGUACAGCCUGCCUACCCCAUCCAGCCUCCCCUGCCUCCAACACUCAACAGUUAUGAGUCCCUGGCCCCGCUGCCCCCAGCCACUGCCUCCACUGCCUCUGUGCCUGCGUGGCAGGACCGCACCAUCGCCUCCUCCCGACUACGCCUCCUGGAGUAUUCUGCCUUCAUGGAGGUGCAACGGGACCCCGACACGUACAGCAAACACCUGUUUGUGCACAUCGGCCAGACGAACCCUGCCUUCUCAGACCCGCCCCUGGAGGCGGUGGACGUACGCCAGAUCUACGACAAGUUCCCCGAGAAGAAGGGGGGGCUGAAGGAACUCUACGAGAAGGGGCCCCCGAACGCCUUCUUCCUUGUCAAGUUCUGGGCUGACCUCAACAGCACAGUUCAGGAAGGCCCGGGGGCCUUCUACGGGGUCAGCUCGCAGUACAGCUCGGCGGACAGCAUGACCAUCAGCGUCUCCACCAAGGUGUGCUCCUUCGGCAAGCAGGUGGUAGAGAAAGUGGAGACAGAGUAUGCCCGCCUGGAGAACGGCCGUUUCGUGUACCGCAUCCACCGCUCACCCAUGUGCGAAUACAUGAUUAACUUCAUCCACAAGCUCAAGCACCUGCCGGAGAAGUACAUGAUGAACAGCGUGUUGGAGAACUUCACCAUCCUGCAGGUCGUCACAAGUCGGGACUCCCAGGAGACUCUGCUUGUCAUUGCUUUCGUCUUCGAAGUCUCCACCAGCGAGCAUGGGGCACAGCACCAUGUCUACAAGCUCGUCAGAGACUAGUGCGCCCCUGA